AUGGCGUUGCGUUGUCAAUUCGAGAAUUCGUCAGAGAUUGGCGUGUUUGCGCGCCUCACAAACUCGUACUGCCUUGUAACCGUGGGCGGAUCUGCCAACUUUUACUCGGCCUUUGAAGUGGAACUGGGCGACCUGAUGCCCAUUGUGCAUUGCACGAUUGCAGGAACGCGGCUCGUCGGUCGUUUGACUGUGGGAAAUCGCCACGGCCUGCUUGUGCCGAUGACUACGACAGAUCAGGAGCUCCAGCAUCUACGGAAUAGCUUGCCCGACUCUGUGGCGAUUCAGCGUGUUGAAGAGCGUCUGAGUGCCUUGGGUAAUGUGAUUGCGUGUAAUGACUACGUGGCGAUCGUGCACCCCGACUUGGACCGCGAGACGGAGGAGAUCUUGGCGGAUGUUCUCAAGGUCGAAGUGUUCCGGCAAACGGUGGGUGACAACGUGCUUGUGGGCUCGUACCUCGCCAUGUCCAAUCAGGGUGCUCUGGUGCACCCCAAGACAUCACUGCAGGACCAGGACGAGCUGUCGUCGCUCUUGCAAGUGCCACUCGUGUCUGGUACGGUCAAUCGCGGGUCUGAUUUGAUCGGUGCUGGGCUUCUUGUGAAUGACUGGGUCGCCUUUGUCGGCCUCGAUACGACGGCCACGGAGCUGAGUGUCAUUGAGUCGACAUACCGCCUGCAAAACCAGGAAGCCGGUGCUGUGGUGGACCAGCUGCGCGACGCAUUGGUCGAUACAUAUGCAUAA